UUCAGAUAUAUUUUCAUAAAGAUGGGCGCAGUUCCGAGCAGUUUGUUGGAUUGCUCUAUUGAUGAAAAUCCUAUUCUAACCACUAAGGAUUGGACCUUGCAUCAUGCUCAGAAGCAGGAUAAUGGACCUCUCUCUGUCUUCAUCAAUAAAAACAAUCCAGACUCUAAACUUAGCACACUAGCUCAGAGUUUAAAAACAUACCGACACCCUUCUAUCCUGAGUUUCCUGGCCUGGUCUGAAACAAAGUCCCAGGCCUAUCUGUUCACGGAGAAAGCUUGUCCUCUAACCCUGGUCCUGGGACAACAAUCCUCCCACUCUAUUAGCCUCGGUUUACUGGAGAUAUGUCAGGCUUUACAAUUCCUUCAUGACAAAGGAAAUCUUGUACAUGGAAAUAUUUGCCAGAACGCAUUGUUUAUUACUCCGGCGGGACGGUGGAAGAUUGCAGGGUUGGAGCAGGUUAUCCAUAUACCAGAUAACAAGAUGUCCCCGGACAGUAAACAAUCUGAAACAUCAAGAGAUGUGUUGGCGCUUGGGCUAGUUAUAACAGAACUGUUACUUGGUCUCAAUGAUGAACCUUCAAAAGAUUUUUUGGUUUAUACAAAAUCUCAUCUUCUUCUACCAGAUCUUACACGGAGACCAACCAUAUCUCAAGUUCUGGAGCAUCCAUAUUUCCAUCAACCUCAUAUUGAAAUCUUUCAAUUCUUGAAAGAUUUAACGUUGAAGUUGGAGUCAGAAAAGAAGGAUUUUUUCUUGGGUCUAGGUGAGAAGUUAGGACAAUGCCCUGCCCGGGUUUUAGGAGCACAGUUCACAGGUCUUCUACUCUCAAGAUAUGUUCUUAUGGACUCUACAGCAAGGAGUAAACUGAUUCCAAAGCUACUGGAACCACAAAGUAAAAACUCGGAUGCACUUUUUACAGACGAACUUUUCAAGGAGUUCAUUGUGCCUCAGAUUAGAACGAUGUUUCUUGUUUAUGAUAUGAGUGUACGGCUUGUUCUUCUCCAACACUUCUCCGUAUACUCUUCUCUAAUAGACGUGCAAACUCUCGAGGACGAUAUCCUUCCAGCCCUGCUCCUGGGUCUCAAGGAUUUAAAUCCAAAUAUUGUUUCUGAAACUUUACGGGCGCUUGCAGAUCUGGUUCCUAUAUUAGGACCGGAGAUAGUGAUAGGGAGAAGUAGAUCCAAAAUAUUCUCUGAUGGGAGUCCGAACCAUAAGAUUACUCCAGUUCUAAGUAGUCAGCAGAUCAUGGAGAGGGUUCCACACUCUCAGAGGGUUCCACCGAUAGGAGCGGAGCAGGAUCCGUUGGAGACCGACCAUUUCAGUGGAACUGAAAACUGGGAUGAUUGGGAGGAUGAAGAGGAGAACGAAGAAAAAACUAUUUUUCAUACGGAGCCAGAUAAAUUAAUAGAGGCGCAACAAGUUUUGGAACCAAUGAUCAGUAUGAAGAGUGUUUUAAGUUCCAACUCGGAGGAAUCGCACAGAAGGCUUCAAUCGGAUAUAGACACGCUUGUAAAAAACGUCCAGGACUUGGACAUCCUUAAACUAGACAUCAAAGUACCCUCAAAGAUUAAGACUGAUGAGGAAGUUGAUUUCUUUGCCGAUAUGACUCCAAACAUUCCUAAACAAAAAUCAUCCUUGGAGAAAUUUCAAACUGAACUUGAUACAGCUAAGCAGAUAAGAGAACAGAAGUUUGCUGCAGUUGCAGAUUUGGAUACUGAAGAGGGUUGGGGGGAUGAGGAGUUGGAGUGGUAAAAUGUUGUUGCUUGAUCAUUUGUUUAAUUUUUGGCUUUAAACUGUAAAUAAUCACAAUGUUUUUAUAAAGGGAACAUGACUGAUCUCUACUUUUCACUAUUACAAAAUAACUUUGCUGUUAUCUUAAAAAGAACUGUUGUCUGUAUUACAAUCUUUAUGUAUUUAACCACUCAAUAAAGUUUUUUUAUCACUGAA